CUCAGUUUCCACACCUGCAAAACGGAGUCACAGAAACGCUCUUUCAGGGUGGCUAGGGGUUCUGGGCGGUGUCGCCCGGUGGCGGAGUGUUCCCGGGGUGAAGCCGCAGGGUUCUCGGGUGGGGGCGGGGAGGGCUAAAUCCGGCCGGCCGGUGAGUGGCGGGAGCAGCUGCCGCCCCGCCCGCGCCCUCCCGGGUCCCACAGUCUGGGCAGCUGCCCAGCUUGGGCCGGUCUGACCGGUUUGGGCCGCCCCGCCUGGCGCUGUGCUGGGAGGAGUCGCCGCCAGUCGCGCGGUCAGUGCCUCCCUCCAGACUCGGGAGGGCCGAGGGGGCGCGGGAGAGAGCGCGGGCGGCCGCCGGGGCUGGUCGCCUGCAGGGAUGGGGGACGAGCGGCCCCACUACUACGGGAAACACGGAACGCCGCAGAAGUAUGAUCCCACUUUCAAAGGACCUAUUUACAACAGGAACAAACCCUACUUGUUUUAUUUCAACAUUGUGAAAUGUGCCAGCCCCCUGGUUCUGCUGGAAUUCCAAUGUCCCACUCCCCAGAUCUGCGUGGAAAAAUGCCCCGACCGCUACCUCACGUACCUGAAUGCUCGCAGCUCCCGGGACUUUGAGUACUAUAAACAGUUCUGUGUUCCUGGCUUCAAGGACAAUAAAGGAGUGGCUGAGGUGCUUCGAGAUGGUGACUGCCCUGCUGUCCUCAUCCCCAGCAAACCCUUGGCCCGGAGAUGCUUCCCCGCCAUCCACGCCCACAAGGGUGUCCUGAUGGUGGGCAAUGAGACGACUUAUGAGGAUGGGCAUGGCUCCCGGAAAAACAUCACGGACCUGGUGGAGGGCGCUAAGAAAGCCAAUGGAGUCCUAGAGGCGCGGCAACUCGCCAUGCGCAUAUUUGAAGAUUACACCGUCUCUUGGUAUUGGAUUAUCAUAGGCCUGGUCAUUGCUAUGGCAAUGAGCCUCCUAUUCAUCAUCCUGCUCCGCUUCCUGGCUGGCAUUAUGGUCUGGGUGAUGAUCAUUAUGGUGAUUCUGGUGCUGGGCUACGGAAUCUUUCACUGCUACAUGGAGUACUCCCGACUGCGUGGUGAGGCUGGCUCUGAUGUCUCUUUGGUGGACCUCGGCUUUCAGACGGAUUUCCGGGUGUACCUGCACUUACGGCAGACCUGGUUGGCCUUUAUGAUCAUUCUGAGUAUCCUUGAAGUCGUUAUCAUCUUGCUGCUCAUCUUUCUCCGGAAGAGAAUUCUCAUCGCGAUUGCACUCAUCAAAGAAGCCAGCAGGGCUGUGGGAUAUGUCAUGUGCUCCUUGCUCUACCCACUGGUCACCUUCUUCUUGCUGUGCCUCUGCAUCGCCUACUGGGCCAGCACUGCUGUCUUCCUGUCCACUUCCAAUGAAGCGGUCUAUAAGAUCUUUGAUGAUAGCUCCUGCUCACUUACUGCGAAAACCUGCAACCCAGAGACCUUCCCCUCCUCCAACGAGUCCCGCCUAUGCCCCAAUGCCCGUUGCCAGUUCGCCUUCUAUGGUGGUGAGUCGGGCUACCACCGGGCCCUGCUGGGCCUGCAGAUCUUCAAUGCCUUCAUGUUCUUCUGGUUGGCCAACUUCGUGCUGGCUCUGGGCCAGGUCACACUGGCCGGGGCCUUUGCCUCCUACUACUGGGCCCUGCGCAAGCCGGACGACCUGCCAGCCUUCCCGCUCUUCUCUGCCUUUGGCCGGGCGCUCAGGUACCACACGGGCUCCCUGGCCUUUGGCGCGCUCAUCCUGGCCAUUGUGCAGAUCAUUCGUGUGAUACUCGAGUACCUGGAUCAGCGGCUGAAAGCCGCAGAGAACAAGUUUGCCAAGUGCCUCAUGACCUGUCUCAAAUGCUGCUUCUGGUGCCUGGAGAAGUUCAUCAAAUUCCUCAAUAGGAAUGCCUACAUCAUGAUUGCCAUCUACGGCACCAAUUUCUGCACCUCGGCCAGGAAUGCCUUCUUCCUGCUCAUGAGAAACAUCAUCAGAGUGGCUGUCCUGGACAAAGUUACCGACUUCCUCUUCCUGUUGGGCAAACUUUUGAUCGUAGGCAGUGUGGGGAUCCUGGCUUUCUUCUUCUUCACCCACCGUAUCAGGAUCGUGCAGGAUACAGCACCACCCCUCAAUUAUUACUGGGUUCCUAUACUGACGGUGAUCGUUGGCUCCUACCUGAUUGCACAUGGUUUCUUCAGCGUCUAUGGCAUGUGUGUGGACACACUGUUCCUCUGCUUCUUGGAGGACCUGGAGAGGAAUGACGGCUCGGCCGAGAGGCCUUACUUCAUGUCUUCCACCCUCAAGAAACUCUUGAACAAGACCAACAAGAAGGCAGCGGAGUCCUGAAGGCCCCGCGCUCCCCACCUCUCAAGGAGCCUCACGCCGCAGGGUGCUCAGUAGCUGGGUCUGUUCCCCCAGCCCCUUGGGCUCACCCGAAGUCCUAUCACUGCCGCUCCGCCCCCUCCCCAUGAGCCAGAGCCCACCAGUUUCUGGACCUGGAGAGUCCGGGGUAUCUCCUUCUUAUGCCAAGGGGCGCUUGGAGUUUUCAUGGUUGCCCCUCAAGACUACGAGAAAUGAGUAAAAACCCAGUGGGGCCUCUUGCUGUCUGGGACGGCAUGUGGCCCGACCUCCGCAAGCUCCCUCAUGCUUCCUGCCCCCGCUUACACGACGACGACGACGGGCCAGACCACAGGAAGGAUGGUGUUUGUGUCUGAGGGACCUGCUGGCCGCAGUGAACACCCACGUUUAUUCCUGCCUGCUCUGGCCAGGACUGAACCCCUUCUCCAUACCUGAACAGUUGGCUCCAGGGCCACCAGAAGCAUUUCUUUAUUAUCAUUAUUUUUUAACCUGGACAUGCAUUAAAGGGUCUAUUAGCUUUUCUUUCCAUCUGUCUCAACAGCUGAGAUGGGGCCGCCAAGGAGUGCCUUCCUUUUGCUCCCUCCUAGCUGGGAGUGACUGGGGUGGGGGUGUGUGUGCCCAGGUGGGGGUAUCUCCUGGCUGGGAAGGAGGGAGCGGGAGGGAGACUUUUGCUUGCAGGGGUUGGCAGUGGAGAGCGGGCUGGAGAGGAGAUCGCUAAUAGCUGUUUAAUGGAAACCUGCUGGGCUGGAGGGAGUUAGGCUGAAUUUCCCGACUUCCUCUGCCAGUUAUUGACACAGCUCUCUUUGUAAGAGAGGAAAGAAACUGAACCCACCCAAGGGAUGAUUUCAGGGGGAGAGGUGGAGGGCAGAUGCCCUGGGCAAACCCGGCCCCUCUGCCCACACACCUCACUUGAUGAUCCUUUUGCCAAACUUGUCGAACUCAGGGGACCUGGCUUCCCGGUUGCCCCUCUGCCAUAUUCCAAGGCCCCCUCAGACUUCACGUCUCUGCUCAUCAGCACUGUCCCAGGAUCCUGGAGAGGGAGAACCCCCGACCCCAGGGGAAAGAAGGGGGGGGUCUCCCCUUUCCUGUGUCUGCGCCAGCCCUGCCCCCAUUGCGUCUGCACACCCCUGCGUGUAACUGCAUUCCAACCACUAAUAAAGUGCCUAUUGUACAGGUC